AGCACAUGGCAUACUGUAUAUAAACUACUUAAGCUACUUUCUAAUUUGUGAAAAAAUUUUGUUUUAAAGAUGCCGAAAUCAAAGAGGGAUAAAAAAAUUUCUCUCACUAAAACUGAUAGAAAAGGUUUAGUCUUAAAGCAGAGGAUUAUGGAAGAUGUUAAGAAAUGUGUAGAAGAAUACAGUCGUAUAUUUCUAAUCUCUAUUCAAAAUACACGCAACACUAAACUUUUUGAUUUACGUGCUGAAUGGAAAGACAGUAAACUUUUCUUUGGAAAGCUCAGUAUAAUUGCACUAGGUCUUGGAAAAUCUAAAGAAACCGAGAUUGCAGAAGGUAUACAUAAAUUAGCUAAUGCAUUGAAGAAUUACUCGAUGAAAGGCCAGUGCGGUCUAUUAUUUACUAAUAGACCAAAGAAACAGGUAAUAGAAUGGGCAGAGAGCUAUGAAGAAAUGGAAUAUGCUCGUUCUGGAUUUGUAACACCUGAAACAGUAGACUUACCUGAAGGUCCUCUGCCACAGUUUCAACAUAGCAUGGAGCCACAAUUAAGACAAUUGGGUAUGCCUACAUCAUUGAAAAAAGGAGUUAUUACUUUGAUUAAACCAUUCACAGUUUGUAAAAAGGAUGAAGCACUGACACCGGAACAAGCACAAAUCCUGAAAUUAUUAGGCAAACCACUAGCGGUUUUUAAAUUAUUACUUUUGGGAGUAUACACAGAAAAACAUGGUUUUAAGAAACUUACGAUACCAGAUGACACAAAAGAGAACGAUGAAGAAGAAAUGGAUGUGGAGAAUAAUGAUGAUACAUAAAAUUUAUAUGUAUUGUAGUUUUAGAA